AUGCUGCAUGCUGAGCGAUAUGACAUGGCAGGCUGUGACCGAGUCAUGCCCGGUUCUUCAUGUGCCAUCUCCUGUCGAUCUCCCUGGACGGGAGAGCAGGCUGUAGCUCGUUGCCCAGAGAACAACAUCGACCCUGAUCAGCCGUUGAUUCUGCCUGAGGAGAUUAGGAUGAAUCGACAUGGGAUCUUCUACAACAGUUUGUGGCCUCCAAAGUGUUUCUUGCGCUGUGAUUCUGUGCCUGUGGGAUACGAGAAGGCCGAGACGUUCAAGACGGCCGUUGGCGCUGCGCGCCUGGCUUUCACGGCUCGGUGGCAUCAAAGAGCUGCAGAAAUCGUGGCAUCUGUCGGGAGGUUUGACCCUGAGCUGUCGGCCCACCUGAUGGUUUCCAGAACGGAUUCAGUUCCCUUUCUCUAUGAGGGCAUGUUGGAUGCGGGUUUCACCGUCUUCACCUUGUUCAAUGCUGGGUUGGAGAAAUCGUAUCCUGUGCCGGAGGUGGUUGCCAACAACGAGCUUGUGGUUUUGGGUCGCCAUCAGCCUUCCUGGGUCUCUCCUCAUGCUGGGAUUGACCUUUGCUCUGGUUUUGGGGGCCGUUCACAAGGGUCCGAAGCUGCAGGUUUCUACAUUACAGUAGCUGUUGAUGAAAAUGGGUUGAGGCUCGAUCCGCAUGACCCCGUGCACGCAGCCCAUUGCCUAUGCGGGGACACUGGAGAUUGUACCAUGAUCCAGGAAAUCUGGAGUCCUUCUCGAGGUGCUUCAGUUGUUUCUGGUGGCUCCAGUUGCCGACCUUUCUCACGGCUUGGUGACUGCAAGGGUCAAAUUGAUACGAGGGCUUGCUGCCUCACCCAGUCUUCGAAUGCUGCGCUUUACCUGAUUGACGCCUGUGUCACUUUGGACUGCGCUGCCCUGGCCGCACAUGACAGUUUCGCUCUCGCUGACCUCGAUCGAUUUUGCAAAGCCCUGCAGCUGGAAGGAUGCUCCGAACUGAUUCCCUGUACGAUUCCGGGACUCGAUGCCUGUCGAUAUGACGUAAGCCACUGCAAGGGUUUCCAGCGAGGAACCAGCUGUGAGGUGAAGUGUCGUGCCCCUUACAAUGGGACUGCCACUGUGGUGCAUUGCCCAGUGAACAACACUGAGACAAGUGGAGGCCUUGAAGGGGAGCUGCCAGAAUGCGUCAUCGAGGAAUGUGCUGAUCCGGAUGUGAUUCCUGCGGGCUACGUUCCGGUGGAUGCUGCCAAUGGAUUGUGGUCCUGUGCUCCGGGAUUCACGGGUCAAGCAGAGAAGCACUGCGUGGCCGAAGUCAGCUCCGCACCGCUGCUGAACCAGGCACGAUUAGACCAGUAUGGCUUGGAGCAGCCAACUUGCGCUGUGCGUGGCUUUCUGGACGGAUGUGUCGUGGCUGAACCCUGUGCUGAGUUUGCAAUUCAGGAUAGCUGCAUGUUUGCAGCGCCAAGCUGCAACGCCGCAGUGACACCAGAGGGUCUAAUCAUUCCGUCCUUGGCUGCUGGACAUUCCUGUGAGGUGCUUUGCAAAGCGCCUUACAAGGCUGCCAGCAGUCAAGUGAGCUGCCCGCAGACCAACACCAACACCAGCAUGCCAUCAGUCUGGACGCCCUUGAGCUGUGAAUUGGACUGCCCCAAGCUGAAUCCGCCAGUUGGAAUUGAGGCCAGUGAGCCGGCUCCUCAGAGCUCGUUCCAAAUCGACCUCAUUGGUGUGUUCCAAAUUGCCCGGGCUCAGUGGCAAUGUUCCGAUGGCUUCAUUGGAACUGCCACCAGGGUUUGUCGACUCUUGGAUGACUGUGGGAGCGAAACGGUCUUCAGCGGCUGUUCCAGGCUGCUGCCGUGCAGGGCCUUUGUCACAGACCUUUGUGGUGUGAAUGGAUCCAGCUGCCAGUCCUUGCAGCCUGGAGAAAGCUGUCGAAUCACCUGUGUUCAAGGUCAUGUUGGUGGACCCUUCAGUGCAGAAUGCCCAGCUGGGAACAUCAUCUUCAACAGGGCCUUGCACUUCGCAGAACUGCCAGAGUGCCAACGGACCUUCCCUCAGGAUGGAUGCUAUGAGCCAUCUCCAUGGCCAGCAGGAUAUGUGCUUAAUGGCAGCGUUUGGAGCUGCGCAGAAGGCUACGUAGGAACGCCCAUUGAGACCUGUACGCCGAUGGAACCAUGCGGACAGCCAACACAGCUUAGUGGAUGCCAAGCGGAACAGCCCUGUGAAACUUUGCUCUUGAGCAGUUGCCGCUAUGAAGCCAUAGGCUGUUCCGGCCUGAUGGGUGGGCAAGCCUGUGAGAUCCGUUGCAAGGCACCUGCGGAGGGCGCAACGGUGCUGGCAAUGUGCCCGGAGGAGAAUGUGGACCCAGACCAGGAGUUGAUUUACAGCCUCCCAACGUGUACUAUUCCAACAUGCCCAAAUCCGCAGCCCAUCACCACGGGUUACAUGGAGGAAGAGAACGAGAAUGGCACUUCAUUGACAUGCGCUGAGAAGUUCGCUGGCCAGCCUCAGGUGGUGUGCAUUUUCACCAAUGACUGUCAACCACUGGCGCGGCUGGAAGGUUGUAAUCCAUUGGUGGCGUGUGUGGGUCCUGCUGAGCUGGACCAGUGUAUGUAUAGCGUCAACUUGUGCGAGGAUGGACCUCUCGAAGGCGUCCCAGGUGGCAAUGAUGGCUAUCAGACAGUGAAACCCGGGGGUCAUUGUGAAGUGAGCUGUCGUGGUCGAUUUGUGGGAGUGAGCAGCUCCGGUAUUUGUCCGCUGAACAACACUGAUCCAUGGCAUCGGCUGAUUUUCGAUCCACCAUUGCAAUGUGAUUGCCCGGACGACUUGGAAGAAUGGCCAGAAGGCUACAAUCAAACAGGAGUGAUCAGCAAUACUGGGCCCUUCCAAGAGGGAGAUUGGUACUGUGAAGAAGGUUAUGGAGGAACUCCUCAGGUGACGUGUAGCGUUUUGACCGGCUGCGUUCCUUUGUUGGUCUUCGAGGGCUGUGCGCCUUUACAACGUUGUCGGCCCAUGAACAUGUCGAACCCGCCCUGCCAGUACGAUAUCUCCUUGUGCAAUCGAAGCCUGGAUGGAGGAGAGAACUGUGAGGUUUCCUGCCGUCUGCCGGCCGUUGGCUUGCCCGUGAAUGCCAGCUGUCCGGAAGACAACACGGUACCUAAUCAAGAACUUCAGACCGCAGAGUUAGAUCCUUUGACCAACUUGCCAGUGAGAUACAGGCCCUUUGAGUUUCCUCUGUGUGAGACUCCAAGCUUUUGUCCUGAUCCUGUGCCCAUGGAAACAGGCUACAAUAGGACAGGAGUGGAAGGUGGAGCGGCUGAGGGGAACUAUGGGUGCGACGAAGGCUAUUCCAAAGAACCCAAAGUCAAAAGAUCCUGCGAGAUGAUGAACAAUACAGAGCCUGGAGUGCUUGCGUGCCUCCUCUAUCCCGUCUUCGAGGGAUGUUUGCCAAUUGUCAACUGCACCGGCAUUGAUGAGCGCAUGGUGGACACCUGUCGCUACGAUGUCUCCAAUUGUCCUGAGACUUUUGAACCUGGUGAAGUUUGUGAGGUCCGCUGCAGGGAACCCUUUUACACCGGCACUCAGAUGGCCUAUGCAUCGUGCCCAAUCGACAAUACCGAUCCUGCUCGACAAAUCAUUGUCGCCGCAGCCGAAGAAACCUGUGGCAAAGCUUGUCCCGAAAUGGAUCCAAUUCCUGGUUACGAAAAGGUGAACGGCCAAUGGCAGUGUAGCGCUGGAUAUCUCGGCACCGCAGUCGCGGAUUGUGAGGUGGUGUCGAUUUUCUCGAGCGAAACGCGCAGCGCAGUGUGCGAGGCGCGUGUGUCGUUGAGCGGUUGCGAGCUGAUGUCCAGCUGCCUACCUCCUACCUUAGAUCAGUGCAUCUAUGACGUGUCUGACUGCAUUGGCGUCCUUUCAGGCACCAACUGCUCCAUUCGCUGUCGUAGUCCUCCCUAUGAGGGCACAGCUUGGAAUGCAUCUUGCCCUAAUGGCAACUUGGAUCCUUUGAGGGUGGUCGACUUCCUUCCACCAAGCUGUAAUUUGAGAUGCCCACCACCAGCUCAAGAGGACUUGCCCAAUGGCUACAACUACACCGAUGGCCUCUAUGUUUGUUUGGAUGGAUGGUUUGGCACAGCCGCUGCGGAGUGCAUCGUCGGCGAGGACUGUACCUUUGGUGUCUCCCUGACGGGUUGCGGACAAAGCUCACCGUGUGUUGGCUUGAACGAAAGUGCAGCUGCUGGCAGCUGCUUUUAUGAUGUCACUCCACAGGCUUGCAGCAUAGAGGAUCCGACAUUUCCACAGGCCAAUUUCGGCCGCGGUCCUGGUGGAAGCUGUACGGUUAGCUGUCGUCCUCCAUGCUCUCCUCAGGAGGGGCAGCCCUUCUAUGAGACGUUGAUUUGUCCUGCUUCCAAUCUGAAUGCUCAGUUGCCUCUGCAGGGGACUCUGCCCAACUGUUCCUUCGACUGUGAUCCUUUGGAUCGUCAGGGUGGAUACUCUAAGGACGCUGAUGGUGAAUGGACUUGUGCUGCAGGUUUUGCUGGAGAGGUGGUACCACUCUGCUGGUCUGGAGAGGUCUGUGAGGACCAGAUGAUGCUCACUGGAUGCUUACCAGAGCAGCCAUGCAUAGCGCCGGUGAUUGAAGUUACGCCCUGCUUCUAUGACACCUCCAGUUGCCAAGGCGUUCCAGCGGGUGGGUCUUGCUUCGUGAGAUGCAGCGCUCCCUAUUAUUUGGGCAGUGUCAGGCCAGCCUAUUGCCCUGGCAACAACACUGAUCCCUUGGGCCCUGCAGAGCUCAAUGUGCGGCCCGUGUGCAACUGGAAUCCUGCGGAGUCCUGUCCAGACCCAGACACAUGGCCAACAGGCUACGCGUUUGAUGACCAGACCGGCACAUGGAUGUGUGCGCCUGGAUAUGCCGGGGAAGCAAUACGCAACUGCGCCUUGCGACCCCGACACAGCGCCAGUUCGCAGUGUAUCCCGGAGGCAGUGCUGAGUGGAUGCUCUCCUCUCACCCCUUGCAUCGAGCCACAGCUGAGGGAUUGUAAAUUCAACACGACGGCGGCGGCGAACCUCACGCCAGGCAGCAUUGGCCUCAUCUAUUGCAAUGUCCCUUACGAUGGGGUGCCAACGCAAGCACAGUGUCCGUGGGACAACAACCAACCUGGUCAGGAGCCAGAGUUUGGUUUGCCUGUUUGCGAGCCAGCCUGUCCUAAAGCUGUGGGACAGCCGACCCCGACUGGAUUUCUGUGGAUCGAAGCCGACAAGGACUGGCAGUGUCUGCCUGGCUAUCGUUCACCUGCACAGGUGAAUUGCACGACCAACAUAGCUUGCGAGUGGAUGCUGGACUAUGGUGGUUGCGAAAAAUUGGAGCCGUGUGCAGAUCUCAACAUCUCCAGCUGUGUCGUAGAGACCAGUGGCUGCAACAACCUGCAGGAAGGAGAGAGCUGCACACUGAGCUGCAUUCCGCCAUUCUACGUUGGGAGCAGCACCACAGCAGUUUGUCCGAUGGGGAACAUUGACCCGGAAAAGUUGCCAGACUACACCAUGCCGUUCUGCGAGGUGACAUGCCCGGAUCCCAGCAGUCCGCCAGCUGGUUACGAAAAGGCCAAUGCCAGCUUUGGAGCGUGGCAAUGUGCAGCUGGAUAUUCCGGGACUGCCAGCAAAAGCUGCCAAACUUCCUCGUAUGAAGAUGGUUGCAUCACCUCGACUGUCUUGAGCGGUUGUUUGCUAAUUGUGCCCUGUAAAGAUCCCGAUCCUAGGACACAGCCGCCCUGUUACUACGACACCUCAGCUUGCUACGGUGUCUUUGCAGGCACGACUUGUUCCAUUCCGUGUUUGUCACCCUAUGUUGGAAGUGUUGGCAGCGCCUUCUGUGCCGUAAACAACACAGAUCCUUACAGGCCAUUGGUUUGGGAUUGGCCGGUGUGUUCAUUGGAUCCUUGUCCAGAUCCUGCACUGAUCCCAACGGGCUACGUGAAAGAUUUAGGCAACUGGACAUGUGACGACGGCUUCGUUGGUAGUGCCUCACUUUCGUGUAUUGCCAGCGCCAUUGAGCCUGGAGCAGGUGUGCAGUGCAAUGUGAGCAGCAUUCUGAGUGGCUGCUUUGGGAAGAUGCCUUGUGCGCCGCUUCCCUUGGACGCCUGUAUGCUGGAUUCUUCAAAUUGCAGCGAUGGAGUGCCAGCUGGUGGUUCUUGCGAUGUAUUUUGCAAGUAUCCCUACGUGGGCACGCCUGGAGAGGCCACCUGUCCUGAAAUCAACACCGAUCCAGGUUUUUUGCCAAGUCUACAAUCACCCAUGUGUAUGAUCGAUUGCAGUCAGCUAGAAACCGUCGAGCGUGUUGGCUACAGACGCAAGUCCAAUGACACUGGAAGUGGUUUUGAAUGCGACACUGGCUAUUCUGGCAUCGUGAAGGAGGAUUGUUUCCUCGAGUUUGAUGGCAGUGCCUGUGGUACACCUGCUCUGCUGUUGACUGGCUGUCGGCCACUGGUGGAUUGCAUGGCGCCCAUGGUGGAUUUGUGCCAGUUUGAUGUGUCCUUGUGCCAACAGGUGAAUCGUGGAAGUUCGUGCAGUAUCAGCUGCAGAUUGCCAUACACUGGCGUGACGAAAACUGCAACUUGCCCAAUGAACAACACAGAUGCGUUGCAAGGGCUUCAAGUGGAUUUGCCGAGUUGCAGCUUCCCUACCUGCCCUGAUCCAGCACAGUUGCCGUUGGGCUAUGUGUUGCAUCCGAAUGGUAGCUACGCUUGUGACCGUGACUACAUAGGCACAGCGCUGCGCCGCUGCAGCGCCUUUUCGGAUCGGGCACUGGGCAAUGCGGCGCAAGGUCCAGAGUGCUAUACUGAAGCAGUUUUUUCUGGUUGCAAGGUGAUUGCGGAAAUUGUUCCAUGUCAGCCACCAGUGGUAAACAUUUGUCUUCAUGACGCCUCCUCAUGUGGAACUGUGGAUCCGGGUGGUUCAUGCCAAGUGGACUGCCUCCUGCCCUACAAAGGCACAGCAUCCAUUGCCACAUGCCCACUGGACAACAUCAACACCACUGGAGGACUGGAAUGGACACCACCUCAGUGUAGCCUUUGGUGUCCAGAACCAACUUUGGAAGAAGAACCCGCUUAUGGCCGCAACCCAGAAGGUGGUAGCAGCCAGGACAGCAGUGGCUGGAUUUGUAAUCCUGGCUAUGCGGGCAGCGCCCAGGUCUUUUGUCAGUUGCUUUCGCCUGUAGCAGGAGCGCGUUGUGGAAUUGCAAGGCUGCAAAUGUCUGGCUGCAGCCGCUUGGAAUCCUGUGUGCCACUGCUGGCUGCCACCCUGGACUUUGAGGUUCGUUUGCCAGCACUUCCGCCCUCACAUGAAUUUGUGUUACGCCGGGGCGAAGGUUUUGAGCUCGAUGUGUCUCCGGGCUGUGAAAACCUGGGGCCUGGGCAGACGUGUCUCAUCGGUUGCCGCUGGCCAUUUCUGGGCCGAGUUGUUGCCGCCCAAUGUCCGGUGGGCAAUACGGAUCGAUUUCAGGUGCCUCUGCUGAACGCGGCUCCCUUCUGCGAGUUACGCUGUCCUGAUCCAGAGGGUCUCGCACCAAGGGGCUACCGCCUGGUGGAUCCCAAGCUACCUGGACAGUGGCAGUGCACCCCUGACUACACGGGUGAGCCAUUGAAGUACUGCAAUGCCUCAGCGGGAUGCAACGAAACAAAUUAUGUGCAGCUGGAUGCGGAGGGCAACUGCGCCAACAUGGUGGAGCUGGAGAUCAGUUUCAGUGGAUGUGCCAAACGCCAGCCUUGUACUGGACCUGAUGUAUCCUCGUGUCAGCUGGAGAGCUUUGACUGCACAGACGUGUUGCAGCCUGGCGAGUCCUGCGAAGUGCAUUGUCGUUUUCCUUUCAUUGGGUCGCCGACUGUGGCCAGUUGUCCCCGAGACAACAUCCUCAUGGAUGGAAGGGGUUUGGUGUGGGAAGCACCCAGUUGUGUUCUGCCAGACUGUUAUGACCCUGUGCCACCAGGUUAUCAAUUCAAUGCCGAUGGUUGGUCCUGCUCUGAAGGUUUCUUUGGCUCUGCUGAACGCUCCUGCGGCACUGACAGAAACUGCGAAAAGGAGAUCAUGCUCACAGGCUGUCAGCAGCUGCAACCUUGUCGAAUUCCAGUGGCCAGUGAACGCUGUCGAUAUGAUUACAGCUCCUGCAGAUCCACCCUGGAUGGAAACACAUGCGAAAUCCGCUGCUUGUCGCCAUUCUACACCUCGGCACAGGUGGGACAAGCACGCUGUCCCGCUGGCAAUGUGAACCCAGAACAGGAGCUUGAAGUGAUCCUUUUGCCAAACUGUGAAGCUGUUUGUGAUCGCUUCCCUCCUCCAGGAUACCAGGCCUUAUCGCCCUCAAGAUGGCAAUGUGCUGAUGGUUAUCUUGGAAGUGCAGAGGUGUCCUGCACAAUCAUGGAAGUGGAUGGCAGCUGCAUCUCGUCCUCCACCUUCUCUGGCUGCUCUGAACGAAGGCCUUGUGCAUCGCCCAGGGAUAAAGCUGCAGGAUGCAUCUACGAAUUACAAGGCUGUGAAACCAUCGAUGCAGGCUCCACUAGCUGUGAGAUUGGCUGCAAGCAUCCGUACCGUGGGAGUUCCGCAGUGGCCACAUGCCCAGACAACAACACCGAUCCAUUGAGACAAGCAGAUGUCAUGUUGCCGGAAUGUGUUGUGAAAGCCCCCUGUCCUGAUCCGGAGAGUGGAGUACCAGCAGCCUAUCGAUACUCCGGCAACGUGCUCAGCCCCGUAGCGUGUGCUCCUGGAUAUCACGGUGAAGCGCUUCGGCAAUGUGUCGCCAAGCCUCUGCCAGACAGCAACAAUACUUGCUUUGCCGAAGGAAACUUCAGUGGAUGUGAACCGAUUCAGCCCUGUUUGGCACCAAGUAUUGUGUCGACGGAUUGCGAGUUGGAACACGAUUGCCCAGAAUCCAUGCCGCCGGGAUUGAGUUGUGAGAUUCGAUGUCGGAAGCCCCUCAUUGGUGAUCCCGCCGUGGUGAGGUGUCCUGGCAACAACACGCAGCCGAUGAAAGUGGCAGAUUGGACGCCUCCAAGAUGCAGAUGUCCAAAUCCGCAGAUGAUUCCUCCUGGUUACCAGCCGGGCGCUGGGGACGAUUGGACCUGCUUGGCUGGUUUUGUAGGGAAGGCACGAAAGGUCUGCCCCUGCGGUGGAGAAGCAAGCAUGCUAAUGGGUUGCAAUGCUCCCAUCAUUUGCGGUGCUGCGGGAUUUACGGACACCGAUAUGCGGAAUGGCUACGUGGGUGGCGAAUUGCGAUUUGGACCAUCCACCAUCGCUGGGCGGAUCGAUGAAGAUGGCGUGUAUCGAUACCAAGUCUUUUGGGCAGACGACUGUGGUGUGCUGCUGUCCAGCCAGCCAGAGCCGAUUUUGUCGUUGCCUCCACGAACCAUUGGUGGAUUAUCAAUGAACCUAUGGCCCAACGGAUGUUGUAAGACGGAUGUUUACAUUGCUGCACUGGCCCCAUUGCAACUGCCUGGCGACGCUCGGACGUUGGUCGUACAAGUCUUGACGAGCUCUGGCCCCGCGCCGGAUGCCUUGGUUGUGCCUUUGGUGGACGAGAGCUACCAAGACACGGUGACGAGCCCUCCCAAAGGGACUGUUGGCAAAGCUUCAUCGUUCCUCGCCGUGACAUGGGUUAUCGGGAUCCGCCAGCAGAAGCUGUGUGCUUUGAAUGUUUUGGUGUUUGGAUUUCUGUGGCUACGCUGGUAUCGUGGCGAUUGUGCAUCCUGGGACAGGGCUGCCCACCGCAUCGUGGGGAUCCUUCAGAGUGGAAGGGUCCCGCCCUCCGAGGAGCGGAGGGUUGUUGGGCUCCUGCGUGGAGUCGCGGGUGAGUUGUCUGACUUAGUCGAGGCAGCUCUCCCUGAGAGGACUCCGGGGCCGGGAAGGGGCCCUGAGAGUAAGGGGGAGACACAGGACCUUACCCCCGGGUCUACAGAAGCUGGCCAGCAAGCAGUGAAGGCCGAGCCAGAAAGCAGUCCGGGCAGUGACCAGGAGGAGGAAGACGAGGAAGAGGAGCCACGAGUUACAGACCCUGAGGCCGAGGGUACCAGCAAGGAAAAGACAGCAGAAGAAGAUAAGAAGGCCCCACAGGAGGACCAGGCCGAUCCUACUCGGAAGGGUGGUUGGUCAGUUUCGAAGGACGGGAAGGUGAGAGACAGCCGGGGCGCUGUGAUCCACCCUGCCGUUCUGAGUGGGAAGUUUGAUCCCCACUAUCUCACUAAGGCCCUUCAUCUCAGACCAGCAGGAAAGGCCGCAGCACGAGCUGGUAGGGAUCGAAGCCGCUCUCCCAGGCGAAGUGCGGGAGAGGCAAAGGAGGAAGAUCGCAGGGAACGAGGGGCAGAGGAGAAAGCAGGGACCGAGGCACCCACGGCAGGGGAACCAGCCCCGAACGACCGCCCCUUGUUCGACGGCCACGUGAGGCAACCUCUCACGACCGAGGGAGUCGCCAAGGAUGCCACCGAAAGCGAAAGCGGGGGCCAAGGCCAAGGCCCACCCCUUGCACCGGCCAGCAGCAAGGGUGCGCGUCAGAGGAGUCAGGAGGCCAGCCGCGGGAGGGGUACUACUAUGGGGGGGAAGAUGAAGAUCGCAGGCGAUGUCACCAAGCUGGAGAUGGAGGGCGGCGAGGUCAACGUGAAGCUGAAAGUGACAGGGACAGAUCACGAAGGGCUCCUGAAGACCAGUUCUGCUCACCCACAGCAGCAGUUUCUGUGCCAUCUAUGCGGAGCAGGAUGCAACAAGAUGGAUGUAGGCGAGUUCAGGGUGCAUGCAGUGAGGGGGCGGCGCCGGAAGGCCGCAGACGAAGAAGGCUGGGUGACAAACCUAGUCGCAGGAGCCGCACCAGAAGAGGAGGACGAGAACCAGGAGUUGCGGCAGAGGGCUGCUCUCCUAGCAGGUCAGGGAGGGGAACCGGGGGACCCUCCCGGGGCAGAGAAGGAAAAGCAAGCAUCCCCACAAGACAAGGAAGAGGAGUCAGGAGAAGUAAAGAAGAAAAAGAAAAAGAAGAAAAACCGGAAGAAGGAGAAAGAAGUGGAAGAUGGAAAGAGGCCGACCGUUGCUGUUCAGAAGGAUCUCAAGGCCGUCUUCGGCGGUACCGGUUUGGAUCCGAGAGAAAGGAUCCGCCGACGGGUGGCAUCCAAGGCGCAGAAGUUUGCGUCUCGGAAGAGGCAGAAAAGCGACAGCGGGUCAUCAAACAGCAGCAGUUCAUCUUCGAGCACCGAGGAGGAGGACUACAAGGGACAGUUGGCAGUCUUCGCAGAAGAAACAAAGAUCAGAGGAGUGGCAGAGAGGUUCCCAGGAGCAUUGACCGUCGAAGCAAUGGGAGCUAUGAAGAGGUCGCUCCUGACCACCUCGGGCGAAGAGCUCGAGGAGGGAUCACUGCGGCCAGUGGCCCUCCUUUACUUCAGGAGCGUGCUCUCCCGCCGAGCCAGUGGUCCCCAGGCACGAGAGAUGUUGAACAUCUCGAUGGCGCUGGACCACCUGAUCAGGGGUCGUGUGGCGACUGCUGCAGACAUUUUGUCUCAGCGGUUAAAGUCCCAAGAGAGUGCAUGCCACGGAACCCAUUGGUCGAUCUCCCAGCGCCUGGAAAUCCCGCCUGUGGAGACCGAAGGCUUGGUGGCGAGGGGAGAGUUGCAGAAUGCCAGAAAGGACGAGUACGACGAGGCCAAGACGCGCUGGCAAGCUCAGGUUUCGAGUGGAGGCAAGGCCGACGGAAGAGGCAAGUCCAAGAGCCAGAAGGGCGAUCGAGAGACGUGGAAAAAGGACGACAAGAAGGAAGAACAGAAAGGGGCUGUAGCCGGUGACACAUCGGCCUUUUUUACGCAUGAAAGCUUGGGUGGCGAAGACCAUUCCACCGUGGGUGCACCAGUGACUUUUAGCGAGUGCAAAAAGAGUGGCAUUGAUGAUUUGGUAGGCAAGAGGCUGCAUGAGUUGGGGUCAAGGGUACACCAGCGACUUUUGGAAGUGUUAUCACUCCGCAGCACGUCCACGGGUAGGAGAGCUGUUGCUGAUUUGUUCCCCCUACCCACUUCUGAAUGCCGUCUGAGUGCACUAUUUCCCCAAUUAGAUGCAUCUUCUUUGUGCUGGUUACAGGCUAUUUGUAUGUCCUUGAACUCGUUAUGGGGUGGCGACCUAUUUUAUGAGGGAGAGGUCCAUGCCGUGACUGUUGAUUGUUUGACACUACUUUGUAGGGAUGUUGAGCGUUUCAGAGGUAUGGAUGGUGUAUUGGAAAGUUUUUCCUGGCCUAGCUUUUUCAGUACACGUGGGGUGGACUAUAAAGGAGAUGAAGUCAAAACCGCAAAGUAUUUUGAAUGGAAAAACAUUGCACCGGCCCUCCCCGAGGAGAUCGGGAGGGUCCCACUGGAGCAAGUGUGCACACUGGGGGCCCAGCAUUACGUGGAAAAUUUUGAUUCAUUUAUCAAAGAUCCAUCCGAAUGGGAUAUCCCUAAAUCGCCUCGUGUAAUGGUACCUGACGAUCAGUGGGGUGAUGUCUGUACCGGACUAGUGCAAGCUGGUGUGUGCGUCUUUUUGCCAGUUGAGGAUAUUUUCGAUACGGGCCGAGGGCCGCUGCUUAACGGGUUAUUUGGAGUUUCAAAAGACGAGUGGGUGGAUGGGAUUGAGGUUUUUCGGCUUAUCAUGAACUUGGUGCCGUUAAACAGUAUCUCACACCCACUCCGAGGAGACGUUGAGACUUUGCCCUCCUGGGCGUUGAUGAAUCCCUAUUUUUUGCAGCCUGGGGAGAACCUGUUAGUUAGUAGUGAAGAUGUGCGCUGUUUUUUCUAUACGAUCUCAGUUCCGCCAGCAUGGCACAAGUACCUGGCCUUCAACAAAGAGGUGCCGGAUGAGUGUCUCCCUGAAUCCCUCAAAGGUCGGGAGGUUUACCUAUGCUCGCAGGUAUUACCUAUGGGAUUUUUAAACUCAGUGUCCCUUGCACAACACGUGCAUCGGAAUCUGGCACUGUGGAGUGGUGCCCAUGGAGCACCUGCUGAGCAAAUUAACCCUCCUGAAGCCGAGAUCAGGAAGGACCGCUCUCUCACCUCCUACAAUCCUUCUUGGCGGGUCUACCUUGACAACUACGAUCUCUUGGAGAGAGUCCAGGCCCUUGGAAUCGGGAGUUUAGAAGGCAGUCUAGCUCCCUCGAUCCUAGCGCUGAGAAGUGAAUAUGAAAUCUGGGAAGUACCCCGCAACAUGAAGAAGAGUGUCUCCCGCCAACUACAUGCCGAGGUUCAAGGUGCUCAAGUGGACGGCGUGGAAGGGGUGGCCUACCCACGGGAGGGGAAGCUGCUGAAGUAUGUUGCGGCCGCACUCUCCCUGAUGGAGGACCCACUGGUCACUCAAAAGCAACUACAAGUAGUUUGCGGAGGUCUUGUGUACUUCUCGAUGUUCCGUAGGCCGCUUCUGGGGUGUCUCAAUGGGGUGUGGCAGUUCAUUGAGAGCUUUAACCAAGGCGGGCCGCCGCAACGUGUGUUGCCAUUGCAUUGCAGAGCAGAAAUCAUGAAGGUCGUGAGCCUGAUCCCCUUGGCGCGUCUUGAUUUUAGGUUGCCUUUCCAUGAGCAGGUUACCUGUAGUGAUGCGUCAACCUCUGGAGGUGGCGUUUGCGCCUCCAAUGGAUGUUCUCAAUGGGGUCAUUUGGUGAAUCAAGGAAGACUCCGAGGAGACUUACCGGAGUUACGGCAGGAACAUCAGGUACUCACCAUCGGUCUCUUCGAUGGUAUCUCAGCUCUGCGCGUUGCAGCUGACUUGUUAGGACUUCAUCUCAUCGGCCAUGUUAGCGUCGAGGUGGACGUGCACGCUGCAAGGGUAGUAGAAGCCCACUUCCCUGAAGUUCGUCAUGUAGACCAGGUGCAAGACGUGGAUGACAAGAUGGUCCGGGAGUGGGGACGGGCCUACUCCCAAGCCUCAGUGGUUUUGAUCGGAGGCGGCCCUCCGUGUCAAGGAGUCAGUGGACUCAACAGUGAGCGAAAAGGGGCACUUAGGGAUGAACGAUCCAAACUCUUCACCCAUGUGGAGCGCAUCCUUGCCUUGGUUAGGCAACAUUUUCCCUGGAGUCAGGUUCACGGGCUCAUGGAGAGUGUUGCGUCGAUGGACGCUUCAGACAGGAAGGUUAUGUCCAAGUCCUUUGGAAGAGACCCGUGGAGGUGCGAUGCCAGUACCAUGACCUGGUGUAGCAGGCCACGCCUGUACUGGCUCACUUGGGAGUUGCGUGAAGGUCCAGGAGUCCAGUUGGAGUGCACCAGGACUCCUAUGGAGGUGAUUCUGAUGGCCAAUCAGAAUUUGGAUCAUGUUUGCCAAGAGGGAUGGAUCAAGGCCGAUCCUGACCGCUCAUUUCCCACAUUUACCACGUCAAGGCCGCGAUCCCACCCCGGCCGCAAGCCUGCGGGUGUCUCUACGUGCACCACUGAAGAGCUGCAACGGUGGCAGGAGGACCAAUACCGCUAUCCUCCUUAUCAAUAUACCAACAGGAACACCAUGGUAAACAAGCACAAUGAACACAGGCUGCCAUCCAUUGAGGAGAAGGAGUUCAUGAUGGGUUUCCCAAUUGGGUAUACCUGGGCAUGUAUGGGCAAGCAACAACGGAAUACUCAGCGCCACUUGGAUGCGCGCCAUUCAUUGAUUGGCAAUAGUUGGUCUGUACCUGUUGUUGCCUGGUUAAUGUCACAGCUGUUUGGUCAGUUGGGAUUAUGCCCAAGGUAUUCACCCCAGGAGUUAAUGGACUUACUAACUCCUGAUGGCCAAAUCUACAUGCAAUCGCGUCUCUGGCGGCGACCUCUCCGGCCGCUUCGGGAGCGACCCCAGGGAACAGGGGCCUCCCUGGUUCAGAAGUUAGCCAAUAUGGUCAGCAUAAAGGGUGAGGAUAUAUUGCUCACCACACCAUCCAGUCAGUUGUGUAAAUUUCAUCGGCUCCGUGCCUCCGUUCCGUCACGCUUGUGGCGCUGGAGGAUAGUCACAGGAUGGAAGUGGAAUGGAAGUCGGGAGCAUAUUAACUCCCUUGAACUUCGAGCAGUACUCACCACGCUCAAGUGGCGCCUUGGUCACAAGAAGCAAAUUGGAUGUCGGUUUAUCCAUUUGGUGGACUCACUUGUGGUCCUACAUGCUCUGACCAGAGGCCGGUCCAGUAGCCGCAAACUCAGAUCAUCGUUGUCGCGUGUCAAUGCUUUGUUGCUGUGCAGCUCAACCACGGCCCUAUGGGGCUACGUUCACACCGAUCAAAACCCAGCGGACAAGCCGUCACGCUGGGGAAGAAAGAUCAAAACUAAGUUCAGGCAUGCCUAA